AUGGCGCCGUCCGACUCCUCGCCUACGACGGAUAGCCCCACCUUGACUAUAUCUGUCCCCAAGGAUUUAUCAGGCAAUCCCAUUCCUCACCAUAACCGAUGGGUCUAUCUAACUUCGUCUCUCAUUAACACUGAGUUAAGUUCAUUUGGUGCCAAUGCACUUAUUAUCGCCGCUUUCAUAUCUUUCAAUACCUCAGCUACCGGCCACCGAUUCUACCAAUAUCUGGACGAUACGCACGGCGUAUAUAAGGUUAACUUAUGGGGAACUUUCAUCAUCACGUCUGUAUUCUUUUGGCUGUGGUCUGCUAUAUUUGCCAUUCCCGACUUGACUGGAUGGCCAAGGUGGUUGUUCAAAUACAAAACACAGCCUUUCGUCCGGGUCAAUGGGAAAGCAUACUUUCGUAUCGCGAAGAUCUCUUUACGAAACCAGAUGCUCGUUGCAUUUCCAAUGCUUCUUCUGGGCACCUUCACCACACAACCGAUGCCCGUAGCCCCGAAAUUUCUACCCACGCCAUUCCAAACAAUUGCUACGAUCAUAUUUGAUGUCUUUUGCACCGAAGUAGGCUUUUACUACGUCCACCGCUUGUUUCACUCGAAGCGACUCUAUUCAACAUUUCACAAACAACACCACGAAUUCACAGCUCCAGUUGGGCUAGCGUCGACGUACUGCACAGUUGCAGAACACUUGUUUUCUAACUUGUUACCAAACUCUAUUGGAAUACUGCUUGUUCCUCACCACUGGUCUCAGGCUAUUUUCACCUUCUUGUUUCUUGAAUUCGGUACCAUCUGCACGCACUCGGGAUACAACAUUCCAUGGAUGCCUUCAAAUCUACAACACGACUUCCAUCACUUUGCUUUUGACGAAAACUUCGGCCCUACUGGUAUCUUAGAUACCUUUCAUUGUACAAAUAAGAAGUUUAAGAGGACUAUGGAGGAAGCCCGGAGCCGAACCGGGGGAGAUGAUGCGAUAGCGAGGAAGAUUGUGCUUCAGAACCUGGCUAGAAUGGAAAUUGAAGAAUGA